AGGAGUGAACACUCCCAUUAACUACUAUUCAAGCCUUCAUUUGCUUCUUGGCUCUUGCAUAUGAUCUUUUCCACAAACAAAAAAAUGGAUACCAAACAACACUACAAAUCAAUUCAUUUGCUUCUGAUUUGUCUAUCAAUAUUGAUCCUGCAUCAAAGCUUAGUUUCUGGAUCAAUGUUAAGAGGGGAUCAUGCAAAAAUUUUGUGCAUAACAAAGGAGAAGGAAGCUCUUCUCGAGUUCAAACGAGGUCUCAUUGACGAACAUAAUAUGCUUUAUUCAUGGAAAAAUGAGGAAUGUUGUUCUUGGAGGGGUGUGAAAUGCAGUAACACAACUGGCCAUAUACUCGUCCUGAAUCUUCGUGGUAACUUUGACACAUCUUUGACAGGUAAUAUUAGUUCACCACUGGUUAAGUUGCAGUAUUUGAAGUACUUGGACCUUAGUUACAAUGAUUUUGGUGGACAAAUACCAAAAUUUAUCGGUGACUUCAAAAGACUAGAGUACCUAAAUCUCUCGUAUAGUUACAAUCCUUUCACUGGUCUAAUUCCUCCUCAGCUCCAAAACCUAACACACUUAAAAGUUCUUGAUCUUGGUCAAAAUUCUUUAGUAGUGAUGAGCCUUGAGUGGAUUUCUAAUCUAGUGUAUUUGGAGUACUUAGAUCUACAUUUUUCCAAUGUACAAGCGAAAAACUGGUUACAAGAGAUAAUUAAGCUUCCUAGAUUGAGGGAAUUGCAUUUAUCUUCCUGUCAACUCCCUGUAAUCAUUCCUUCAUCACUUGUAUCAGCCAAUAUUUCCUCCUCUCAUCUUUCCAUCCUUGACAUCUCCUAUAAUGGAUAUUCGUCCGCUGCAAUAAAUAGAUGGUUAUUUAACUUCACUAGUCUUACUAGCCUAGCACUUUCGGGCAACGACUUAGGCCAAAUGUCUAGUGGCUUUGGGUACUUGAAAUCUUUGGAGCAUCUUAAGCUAUUUGGAAGUGGUAUUCAAGGUGGGAUACCAAGGUCUUUUGAAAAUUUAAGUCUUUUACGCUCUAUUGAUGCAGAUUCAAAUAACUUAUUAAGUCAACCAUUUUCUGAGCUGCUUGAUAUCUUAUCAGGGAGUAAUCAAUCGGUUGAAUUUUUGUCCUUCGAUGGAAAUUCACUCACUGGUUCAUUGAUUAAUCUUACUAGAUUUUCAUCCUUGAGGGAAUUGAUGCUACAAAACAAUUUGUUGAAUGGCAUUUUCCAUGAAAGUUUUAGACAUAUGUCCAGUCUUGAAUAUCUUGAUUUGUCUAAUAACCAAAUGACAGGGUCAUUACCAGACUUGGCAUUCUUUCCAUCAUUGAGAGAGUUGCACCUAAGGUCCAAUCACUUUCAUGGAAUGAUACCACAAGGUUUAGGUCAACUUUCCGAGCUUAAAAUCUUAGAUGUGUCUUUCAAUAGAUUGCAAGGCUUACCGGAAAGUUUGGAGAAACUUUCCAAGCUGAAAAUCUUGGACGUCUCUUUCAAUAGACUGAAAGGCUUACCGGAAAGUUUAGGGAAACUUUUCGACCUUGAAAGUUUUGAUGCUCCUUAUAAUUUGUUAGAAGGUGCAAUCUCUGAAUCCCAUCUUUCCAACCUUUGCAACUUGAAAAGCUUAAACUUGUCUUCCAACUCCUUGACUUGGAAUGUUAGUGUUGAUUGGAUUCCAUGUUUUCAACUACAAAUUAUCAGCCUUUCGUCUUGUAAUCUUGGGCUUCAUUUUCCAAAAUGGCUUCAAACUCAAAAUGGCUACUCAAUUCUGGAUCUCUCUCUUAAUAGUAUCUCAGACACAAUGCCUAGUUGGUUCUCAAAGUUGCCUCCUAUGUUAACAUACUUGAAUCUCUCUUACAACCAAAUCAGCGGAAACAUACAAGAUUUAUCAGCCAAUAUUGUUGGUCCCAUUGUCAUAGAUUUCAGUUAUAACAAUUUUUCAGGGCCCUUACCAAGAUUUCCUCAUUUGGUUAGUGAAUUGCGUAUUGACAACAAUCAGAUUUCUGGAUCACUUAACUCCAUAUGUAAAAUUCGUUCAGCUGUAAUCCUUGACUUGUCCGAUAAUCUCUUGUCCGGAGAGAUUCCUGAUUGUUGGACUCUCAUGUCUGUUCCAAUGGUCCUUAACGUAGCCAAUAACCGCAUAUCUGGAAGCAUUCCGUACUCUUUGUGUUCUUCAACAUCCUUGAGUUUUCUAUACGUGCGUAACAACAAUUUAAGUGGACAGUUUCCUACCUCUUUGAAGAAGUGCCAAGGUUUGGAAGUCUUAGACUUGGGAAGAAAUGCAUUGAGUGGAAAAAUCCCAGAGUGGGUAGGGACUAAGUUAGGUUAUUUGGGGAUUCUGAGCCUUCGAUUCAACGAAUUCUCUGGGAGCAUUCCUCCAAGUAUAUGUCAGCUUCAAUCUAUUCAGAUACUGGACCUUUCUGGCAACCAUUUAUCAGGAAGAAUUCCAAAAUGCUUCAGCAAUUUCACCACAAUGCAACUUUUGCAAGAUGGUACAAGUGUGAGCUAUGACUUCGAUCCUUAUACCCCUCGUGUAGGUACGUUGUACCAUGGCAAUGCAUUUAUCCAAUGGAAAAACAAGGAGUCAGAGUACCGUAACAUUUUGUGGCUUGUGAAAACCAUCGAUCUUUCUAGCAACGAAUUAGUCGGUGACAUCCCUAAUGAUUUUAGCAGAAUGAAUGCAUUGCUGUCAUUGAAUCUAUCAAGAAACAAUUUGACAGGAAAUAUCAUUGAAGGAAUUGGUUUAAUGAAGAUGUUGGAGUCUCUUGACUUGUCCGGGAAUCAUCUCUCAGGGAAGAUCCCAAUAGGGCUCGCUAACUUGACAUUUCUUAGCGUGUUGGAUUUGUCAAACAACAACUUGUCAGGGAGAAUACCAUCGAGCACUCAAUUACAAGGCUUUGAUUCCUCAACGUAUGGUGGGAAUAUUCAGCUAUGUGGCCCUCCUCUUCCAGAGUGUCCUUCAAUUGCUCCUCCAAAACCUCAUGUUGGUUAUGAAAGUACUUUUCAAGAAAAUGAUGAUGAUGACGACUUUCCAUCUAAAGAGUUUUAUAUAUCGAUGGCGUUGGGGUUCAUUGUUUCAUUUUGGGGAGUGUUAGGAUCUUUGUUCUUCAAUAUUUCUGGGAGGAAUGCCUAUUUUAAGUGGCUUCAUCUUUAGCUAAAGGUCUGAUUAAUGCUAUACGUAUAUAUUCAUGAACUAGUUUUUGGACACGUGCAUGCAUGUGGAACCCUUUCGAUGAGUACCGAAUGCAUAUAUAUAAUAUUAUAAUAUAUGUAAUGAACAAUUAAAAUGUAAAUUGGAAAAUUACAAAC